GGGGCCGGCGGGGGCGCCCGCUGAGCGGCGGCGGCGAUGCCGGGGGGCCCGGCGCGGCGGCGGGGCGCGCCCGGGGGGCCAUGAGGGCGGGCUCCGGCCAUGGCCCAUGGUGGCAGCGCGGCGGUCAUGCUGAAGUGCGUGGUGGUGGGGGACGGCGCCGUGGGCAAGACGUGCCUGCUGAUGAGCUACGCCAACGACGCCUUCCCCGAGGAGUACGUGCCCACCGUCUUCGACCACUACGCAGUCAGCGUUACCGUCGGGGGCAAGCAGUACCUGCUGGGGCUGUACGACACCGCCGGCCAGGAAGACUAUGAUCGUCUGAGACCUUUAUCUUAUCCUAUGACCGAUGUCUUCCUUAUCUGCUUCUCAGUGGUAAAUCCUGCUUCAUUUCAAAAUGUGAAGGAAGAGUGGGUACCGGAGUUGAAGGAAUAUGCACCUAAUGUUCCCUUUUUACUAGUGGGAACACAGAUUGAUCUUCGUGAUGACCCGAAAACUCUGGCAAGACUCAAUGAUAUGAAAGAGAAGCCCACAUCUGUGGAGCAAGGACAGAAGUUGGCAAAAGAGAUAGGAGCCUACUGCUACGUGGAGUGUUCAGCUUUGACACAGAAAGGACUGAAGACGGUUUUUGAUGAAGCUAUUAUAGCCAUUCUAACUCCAAAGAAACACACAGUGAAGAAGAGAAUAGGCUCAAGAUGCAUAAACUGCUGUUUGAUCACGUGAGAUACAUUUGACAAUGGCCAGGCUUACUGUGAAAUUCUACUGAAUUUAAACACAAUGCAUUAAGUACGCAGCGAACUUGUUACAGGUUUGAAAGCUAAAACUACGAUUCUGCCUUCUACAACCAGUGAAAUCCAGAGGAAUAAAAUCAAUCUCAAUGAACUUGUAACAAGAAGCCACCACAUCUGUUACAAAUAUUUUAUUCAGACUGGAAGGUACAAUCUCUCAGGGUUACAUAGUCUAGAGGAAGCAAAAACUGCACUGUGUUGAAACAGCAUCUAUGCGAUUUUAUUGAGUGGAGAUGCUUGGCCUGAAAUACUCUAAAUGAAUUUGGAUAGUCUUCUGCUUUGACUAUACGUAUAUAUAUAUAUAUAUAUAUCUUAUAAAAACAACAACUUUUGCACAGUCUGUAUGGAAUCUGCACAAAGAAAUACCUUGUCUCUCUUUGCUCCAGUUAUCUGCUUUUGUAUGUAAGCUGCUUCCGGUUCCAGUGUAUCCACAGAGGUGCAAUAAUCAGACCAGCCAUAUAGCCAAAGGUAGCUCCGAGGGAACAGGAAAUGGGCCACACCUGAGGGCAGAACACAAGGUAAAAGCAGACCAUGAGGAAAACGUUUGUGGUUUUUUGUACUUCGCAGCACAAAUGCUCAGUGUAAUCUGGGUACUGAAAGACAGUAUGGUCUUACUCUACUUUAAAGCUUGACGUGCUUUCCUAAAAAUGCCAAAAGUGUAACAAUCAUCUUCAUGAACACUAAAUGCUGUUGUACAGUUUUUAAUAUGCAUUAAAAUGUAACCAGGCUUCUGGCUAUUGCAGACUUUAGUUUGAUAUUCCCAAAACUAUGUGAAAAAGUCACAAGUAUUUAUAUCCCCUGAAGCGUUCAGCUAACCUAACUUCCUGUUCUGCUGCACACGUUUGGAAACCUACAGAUUUCUUGGCAAUUUCUCCUUCUAAUUUCUGACGGCAUUCUGAAACUUUUAGAGGUGUGUGUAUAAGUGAACUAAUAUUCCAAUAAGGCCAGAGACUGAGAUGGACAGAGGGUUUUUCUUUCUUUCGGUCUUGAAAAGUAGGCAAAGGGAUGAAUUUCCCUCUGGCUAGCAGCAGGGAGGGAACAUAAAUUUGGAAACUGACUGAGCAUCUUGCACCCAGUUCAGCAAACACACAUUAAGCCAGUUAUGUUAAAGAGAGCUUUAAUUAUAAGCUCUAUUUCCUAGUACAGGAACAGGGAACUGACUCAAUACAGCUGACUCACUGUCACAAACCGUCUAGUACCAAGGCAAAGAAGUAAUGGGAUUCUCCACCCGCCCCCCGCCUUUUUUUUUUUUAAAUUGGUAUUGAUUUGCAGGGAGGAGGGGCCAAAGCAAAACUUCACCAGUCUGCCCUUAUCCUUACAUGUAGCUUGUAUUACCAAUCAACUACAUACUGAAGUUGAUGGAAGCCUCAACUAAGUUGGUGAUUAAGAAUUACUAUUUACUGUGGAAUUAACUGAAUUCCCAUCCCUCUUCAAAAUUCUCCUUUGCACAUUUUUUUUGCAAGGACAAUUUUGCACUUCCUGCUGUACAGUGCAUGUUCCUCAAGCAAGUACAGACUGCACCCUCCUAUUUUUUUAGUUUUUAAAUUAAGGGGGAUAUUCCCACCUUCUGUAGUACUUGAGACUGAGAAAUGCACUAGACAUUAAAGAAACUAUACACAUCUCAGUGUCCAGCCUUCUGUUCUACUUCAUUUUGACUUGCAAUUCAUGAAUAUCAAAUUAACUUACUCUUAAUGGUACUGGUUCCUCCUUUCAUUCAUUGUCCUCGCUAUGAUUCUUCUCUUUACUUCAUUAUCACUUGGAGAAAUAUAUUUAUUCACAUCCUUUGAUCAUGGGAAUUUUAACUAGAAAUAAGAGUAACGUAUUUUGUGCUCUGCUGUUUCAUCUUCACAAUCUCCUCAGCUGUUUCAUCUUCACAUUCCUUAGCAUUUGCAGUUUUAUAUAUUAUUUGGAGGUCUUAAGGAGUGUAGCAAAGAUGACUAUAAACAAGGUGCCUUAGGUACUCUUUAUUGACCUUGUUUCAUUCUUCCAUUUCUGGACAUUCUGUCUCUGCUACUUGUUUUUGUGUUGUGGAAUAUUUUGGCUGUUGCCUCUCAAACCAAAGACUUGCUUGUUUUCAUUCAUUUAACAGUGGUAUUGUAGAUCUUCUAUAAAAAGCCUUGAGAUGCUUUGGCAUGGUAAGAUAUUAUGUAUAUUUAAAACUCAAAUGAGUCCGUGGCCUUGGCUAAACUUAUGCUUCAGGUGGAUCUUUUCAACUUCUAAAUGAAAUGUAAUCAAGUUAUUUCUAGCAUUUUGCAGGCUAUUUCACAUGCCUAAAGGACAAAACAAUAAAAAAAAGUCCCCGCAACACCUGCUGCUCACUCAGUAAAGUUCAGUUGGAACAGGAGCUGUACUUUCUUAUCCACUGAUGAAGUCAAAUACCAUUUCAAUAUCCACAAAACUAUGGACAGAGGCUUCAUAACUCAGUGGUCUUUUUGCAUCAAAUUCUCUCCGUGAUCAAUGAUCCUUCACUAAAUUUUACCUACAUUAGGUGAAUCUGUCGUUGCCUGUUUGCUUUUCAGAAGUAUAAGUAAAUGUUGGACUCUGGAAUUUUUCAUGUUCCCUUAACUAGACAGUCAAUAUCCCUGAUGACCCAUUGACCCUAUAUCUUUUGGUAUUGUGUGUAUAGUGGGCAAUUUUUGGUAUGAUUAAACGGAUCUCUGCUGAUUGUUGUAGCUUCUUUUACCUGACUGAACUGCAACUUGGAACGUGUUUUUUAAAUAGUUAUGUAACUUUUAAUUUUAAUUAUGCCUGCCUUCCAAAACAUUCAAUUUCUUUUUUAAAAUCAGUGUUACCUCACAGAAGUUUCAGGCUGUCUCACUUAAUACAUGACUCUGACCUCUGAAAUCUAACCCUCACCCGUGGCAGCUGGCUAAGAUAGGGAGCAAAGGGAAGAAACCAUAUAAUACUCCAUCUCACUGACUGUGAGAGAGACACAGAAGCAGCACCACCUCAUCCCUUCUAGUGGCAUAGAACAGAAAGCUACUAGGCCAGGUACUAAUUUUUAUUAUGCUGCUCAGAUGGCUCAAAGUAGCCCUGAAGGCAAUUUGAUUGGCCUUUUGAAAACUCCCCAAGCACAGGAGUUAAAAGCCUGGCCUUAAGAGCAUUGCUGUCCUUAGGCUAUUUUCUCUAACCCUCAUGGCAGGGCAAAAAACCCCUAAGAAACAGGUAACAAUACGAGUUUUAUUCUUGACUGCCAGCCUGUAGGCUACAUGUAGCCAGAUGUAACCAUGGGUAUAUCUAAAGCAGCAAGUUAUCAAAGACAGACUAAGACAUAGCUCUUAAGCACAUCAGCUGCACUAAAAUAACAGCCCUUGCAUAUGCUUUUAUCCAUCUGUGAAAGGGGGUUGCUUUAUUUUGCAGUAGCUGCUGGCCUUGUUUUUCCAAUCCGUUUCUGCUGGACCUUUUUAAGUUAAUUACUUGAUCAGUCUGCUUUUGCCCUGUCUUUCAUAUUAUCUCUUAAACUUGCUUUAGCUUCCCUAGCUUGCUACAAACUGCCUGUAAGUGAUAAAAAUCUAAGCAGCUAAUAUCCAUCUGCCUGUUCUAAGAGGUUCCAUUCUGCUUGUCUAAAGUAUGCAACUUUUAAUACACCCCUCUCCUCCCCUGAGAACUAUUCAGCUCAGUUUCUUCUACUUUAUGCUCCCUUCUGCCGUGAGGAAGCUGACAUAUCCUACUCCAGUAUUGAUGUCAUGUCUAGGCUGGGUUAGCGGCAGGGGAAUAAGAUGUUAGGCAACAUUGCCUAACUGCACGUUUUUUGAGGGGGAAGAAGGCUGAUCUGGAGACAAUAGUGUGGGGAGCACAGGAGACAGGACAGAACAUUCUUCAGGAAACUGUCAUGAAAUGCCUUGUCUGUCCCAGCAGCUGGGAAGCAUCAGUUACCAUCCUCACAGCCUAAUACAAGAAGAGUCAGUUUACAUAUCAAAUGCAUGUGGAAAAGGGCAAUUUUAACAACCUGUAUAUGAUUACUAGGAAACAGAACAGCAGCUUGGCAAAACCAAAUCCCCACCUAUAUGCUUAACAAGCAUAAAAAUUGCAUUUUAAGGGGCAGAGCAUGAGCCAGUGGUUAAUGCAAAAUGAUCAUGACUUAUGCUAUUUGUUAAAAUUUUCUUUUAGCCUUUUCAUCUGGCAGCAGUGAUAGGACUUAACAGAGAAUUCUUUAGGCUCGCUAAAUAGACACUGCAGAACUGCAAGGCUUCUAGUAUAUACUCGAACUCAUUUUAAGAAUGAGAACUCAAAAUAGGAAUUGCCAACCUUUCAGGACACAAAUGAGCUAGUUUCCUCAGUGCUCUUUAGAACACCUGUGAACUGACGUGAGAAUGCUUAGCAUACUGCAUGGAAAGCAGAGCAUGUUGCAGGAUCCCAGCAAGGUAUCUAGCUCAGCUGUACUAUGCAUGUAGUUAAAUCAGAAUUCUGACUGCAUGACAGUUCUGUCAUCUCUUACAAGUCUGUAACUCGCAUCCCAUGCAACGGGAAUUACAUAGACAUUGAUAAGGACAAAAAGGCCAGAUUCUUACAGGCCAGAGCAGCAACACCCUAGUAAGGUUUUUAAAGAUACUAUAAAGUAACCCAUCUGACUGCUGGAACUUUAAUUAUACAAAUGCAAAUACAGAAGGGCAAUCUACUGUAGUUUUUGGUUUUGUUUUUUUUUAAUAAACUGGUCCCACUCUCUAGAGGAGUGCUUUUCUCAUAUUCCUAAACUCAACUUUUUUGUAUUUCAAAAGAUCCGUUUCUGGCUGUCAAUUAGAAAGCUAUGUAAAAAUUUUUGUUUCAUUUUAAAACUGAAUAAAUGAGCACAAUUACUUUCCCUCCCUGUUUCUAACAUGCCUUAAAUUCCUGGUUGUUUAGUCUGUACUGUCUUAAAAAUUUGAGUACAUGCCUUGAAUCUAUUUUGGUUGCUUGCACAUGUUAACUAAAAGUGUCUUAUCACAUUGUACAGAAUGUGUGUGUUGACAAGCACAUGCUGAGGAGAAGAAAGUGUGAGGUUUUUUUCUGGCUGGCAUUUGUAACUAGAAGUUGGUUUUGUGGAUUUGUGUUCUAAAGUUAGAGCAAGCAUAACUGCCUUUGAUCUCACCAUUAAGGUUUACAUUAAGAAAACCUAUCAUUAAAUAAACAACGAUAACCACACUGAA